GUCGCCGUCUCUGUCUCACGCUGCGGCGGCGGCGAGCUCGGCAGCCUCCGGGCUUCCGCAGAGGCUGAGAGAGCCGGGCGGGAAUCGGCGCGGGCCGGGAGCGGAGGCCGAGUCCUUGCAGGUGAUUCCUGGAGCUCCAAGAUAAGGUUUCCUGUGACUUGUCGUUCAACUUCCCCUGCCCUGGCUUCAGUGUUUCUACCUUUUCCCAAGAGCAGCAGAAAAUGAAUAAAUUCCAGGGACCAGUGACAGUCAAGGAUGUUAUUGUUGAAUUCACCAAGGAGGAGUGGAAAUUACUGGACCAUGCUCAAAGGACCCUUUACAAAGAUGUGAUGCUGGAAAACUAUAGUCACCUAAUCUCAGUGGGUUAUUGUGUGAGUAAGCCAAAUGCGGUCUUCAAAUUGAAGCAAGGAAAAGAGCCAUGGAUAUUAGAGGUAGAAUUCCCACAUCGGAACUACCCUGAAGAUCUAUGGAAUAUUAAUGACCUAGGAGCAAGGUACCAGGAAAGCCAAGCUGAUAAUUCAAGGAGUGGAGAACUUAGAAAACAACAGAAAACACAUACCAGAGAGAAAUCCUAUGAAUGUAAUGAGUGUGGAAAGUUCUUCUGCCAGAAGUCUGCCCUCAUAGUACAUCAGCAUACGCAUUUAAAAGACAAAGACUACAAAUGUAGUGAAUGUGGGAAAUCUUUCUCUAGGAAUGAAGACCUCACAACACAUCAGAAAAGUCAUACCAGAGAGAAAACCUAUGAAUGUAAAGAAUGUAAGAAAAUUUUCUACCACCUGUCAUCUCUCAGUAGACAUCUGAGAACUCAUAUAGGAGAGAAACCCUAUGAAUGUAAUCAGUGUGAGAAAGCCUUCUACCAGAAGCCACACCUCAUAGAACAUCAGAAAACACACACUGGGGAGAAACCAUUUGAAUGUAAUGAAUGUGGGAAGUUUUUCUAUGUGAAGGCAUACCUCAUGGUACAUCAGAAAACACACACAGGAGAGAAACCCUUUGAAUGCAAAGAAUGUGGUAAAUUCUUUUCCCAGAAGUCACACCUCACAGUACAUCAGAGAACACACACAGGGGAGAAACCCUAUAAAUGUAAAGAAUGUGGCAAGUUCUUCUCUAGGAAUUCACAUCUCAAAACUCAUCAGAGAACUCACACAGGAGAGAAACCAUAUGAAUGUAAGGAAUGUAGGAAAUCCUUCUACCAGAAGUCAGCCCUCACAGUACAUCAGCGAACUCACACAGGGGAGAAACCCUUUGAAUGUAAUAAAUGUGGAAAAAACUUUUACUAUAAAUCAGACCUCACCAAACAUCAGAGGAAACACACAGGAGAGAAGCCCUAUGAAUGUAAUGAAUGUGGUAAAUCUUUCUCUGUGAAUUCAGUCCUCAGAUUACAUCAGAGGACUCACACAGGAGAGAAACCAUAUGAAUGUAAUGACUGUGGAAAAUCCUUCUCUCAGAAGUCACACUUCGUCAUACAUCAGAGAAAACACACAGGUGAGAAACCUUAUGAAUGUCCGGAGUGUGGAAAAACCUUCAUCCAGAAGUCAAAACUCACUGCACAUCAAAAGACACACACAGUGGAAAAAAGCUUAUAAAUAUUAUGAAUUGGGAACUUGUCUGAAUUUAUCCUCCAGAAUACUCAAAUAAUUUAUAUGAGAGAAAUCUUAUGAAUAUAGUCAACGUGGAGGAAUUUUCAGCUAUAAUCUUUCCUCACAGUAUUUCAGCAAACAUGCAAGAAGAAAUUCUGUGAAUUUCUAAACAAGGAGAAAUGUUACCAUACAUCAGACUUUACUAAAUAUCAGACAGCACAGAUGGCAGAAGCACUACAAAUGUAACGCUAUAAGGGAAAUCCUUUUUUUUUUUGUUCAGAAAUAAAGCCUUAUUAUAAAGAUAGAAAUCACAUAGGAGAGAAAUCCUAUAAGUAAAAUGAAUGGCAGAAAAUUUCCUGUAAGGCCAGCCAUUAUGAAGCAUCUAAGAGCACACAUGGGCGAGUUACUUCUGUCAGUGUGUAUGUAUUCAGAAAUCUUAAUACAUAAGUUGGACUCAUGUUAGAGGACACAAGGAGAUAAAUUCACAGACUGUGACAAGUACAGAAAUCUUUACCAAGGAAUAAGGUUUCAUUGACUUUCAGAUCCUUGAUACUUGGAUGAAACCUUAAUAGAUAUUUUAAGUAUAUGAAAGCUUCCUUAAAAUUUUCCAAGAUAAUUUGUACUGAGGAAAACAGUUAUGCUAGAAGUCAUGUUGCAGAUCUGAUUCCAAAUUUGUUUUUAAAAGAACCUCAUAAUGUCUAGAUAUAUGAAGCUUUUUAAGAAGCACAAAUAGAGUAAUAAGGCAACAGUUUUAAACAGAGGAUGAGUCCUGUAUGUGGGACCUAUGUAUGUAUGUGAGUGUUCUGUAAAACAUAAAUUGUGUGUAUGUGGUAUACAUGUGGAACCCAUCCAUAGUUGUAUACAGGAAACACAUAACCUUAUGUUAAUAACUAUCAUUACGUAUAGGAAGAUGCUUCAUAUUAAACCUCAGCAGUGACUCCUGUUGUUAAAAUAAUAUGCAUUUUAAGUACAAUAUUCUUUUAAAAUUAUAGUGCAUCUUUUUUCUUCUAUUUCUUGAUACUUAUAAACUUGAUAUGGACAUUGCUAAUGACUAACCCUGUAAAAAGACACAAAAUGUUUUUCUAAAAUUUUGAACUGUCUCAUAAUCACCAAAAUUUUGCAUUAGACAUUUAUUUAUAGUAAAACCAGCUAAAACAGUAGUGUUUAUUGCACUCUACAUAAUAAAACAAACAGCACUUUGUAAAGAAAUAUCUUCGCUAACUUUUUCUUAUUAGUAGAGGCAACAUGGCAUAUGGUGAGAAGUGUGGACUUCAGACUCCUACUGCCUGGCUCAAAUUCCAGCAUGCCACUUAAUUCUCUGUGCCUCAGUUUCCUCUUCUAUAAAGGAAUAAUGAUAGUAAAAAUAUCUUAGAAUUGAUUUGCAGCAUAAAUGAGUUAACAUUUUUAAAGCAUUUAAUCUCUCUGUAUCUCAGUUUUCUAUAAAAGUAAUUAUUGUAAAAAAUCUUAGGAUUGUUUUGAGGCAUCAAUGAGUUUUUUUUAAAGCACUUAGUACAGUGUCUGGGACACAAGAAGAGCUAUGUAUUAGAUACUGCAAUCAUUAUAAUUUCUUUUAGUUCCCAAAUAAUACUGCAAAAUAAUGGUUGGCUCUCCAAUAUUCAUCCCCCAAUUUAUUGCUGGUAGUACCUUAAUCUGGUUUGGUAUCCAUUUCUCCCUCAAGUGAUUCAGGGACAAAUCCUGAUUAGCUGAAUCUGGGGUUGACAAACUUAAGAACCCAGGGAGCAGAUCUGGACUACUGCCCAUUUUUGUAACCUGCAAACUAAGAAUGUUUUUUACAGUUGAAAAAAGAAAAGUGUGACAUGUGAAAGUUAUAUGAAAUUCAAAUUUUAAUGUCCAUAAAUAGUUUGAUUAGAACACCAACACAGAAAUAAUUUGUGUAUUGCCUACAGCUGCCUUCCUGCUAUGACAGCAGACUUGAGUAGUUAUGAGAUACCAUAUGGCCUACCAAGCCUAAGAUAUUUACUCCUGGAACCCCUGUCUAAACAGCCGUGGCAGUCUUGUUCUUAUCAGUGAUUGGUUUAUGGUGGACAUGUGACCUGGAUAUGGCCAAUGAAAUAUUCAGGAAAUAUUCUGAGGAACUUAGGGAGAAGUUUGCCUUAUUGAUAAGGGAAACAUAGGCUACAAUUGCCUUUUUCGGAUAUGGCACUUCAUUGUGUCUUAUUACCCUAAGGGUAGAAUGGAAAUAUGCAAAGAAUAUAGAUGAAGAAUAAUGUCAGAUUUUCCUAACCCUUGAGAUAUAUUAUUUAGAUACUUUUUGAGAUAUCAGCUAAUUCUUUAAGAUAGUUGAUAUUUUCUGUUACUUAGGACUGAAAACUUUGCAACAAAUUUAGAGGCAUACUUUUAUAAAUAUGUGUUUCAAAAUUAAUGUAUACCACAGUUUUCUGGGUGGGUGGUUUUUGUGCAAUGUAUUUACAUGUUAAAAGUCUAGGCACUAGAAAAACUUAUUUUUGCCAAAGAAAUUUCUUUUUUUUAAUUUGCUGUGUUAACAUCAAAACAGGAAACUUCCUGAUGGGGUGCAGCAGUAAAUGUAUGAAAUUGAAAUAGAAAUUAAACUCAAUUGUUAAUUGA